AUGGUCAAUAAACUGGAGAAGACCAAAGAUGAAGAACAUUGUAUCAACCCCAGUGUGUUUCAGGAGUUUAUCACUGAGGCAAGGUUAGUGACCUGGCUCCUACUCUCUCUACUACUGAAUGGUACAUAUGCUCCUGACUGUUUCAAUUACUUCUGCUACUUAACAGUGGUCUUACUCUAGGUAUCAUGGAGAAUGUUCACACUGCUCUCUUCUCUUCCAGUGAAAGUGAUCUGGAGGAGGUCCUGACAUUCUACACACACAAAAACAAAUCAGCUAGCGUCUUCUUGAGAACCAAAUGUAGGAGCACUAAACCUGACAAUAGCAACAGCUAUGGUUCGGGAGAGCCAGCUACCACAGAGAAUCAUAAAAGUGAGUAGAAAUGUAAUUAUUUUUUGACACCAUCUGUACAGUUGGGACCUUUGUAUUCCAGUGCCCCACAAAGUUGACAUAUUUCUACAAUUAUUUUGACAUUUCAUUUAAUUAUUUGUUGAGAAAUCGUUUAUAAUGUAUUUGGACAUUUUGAUUUUGAAAAACCACAUUGUGGAAAAAAAGACAUACAAAGUCAAGUACAGGUCAGCUUCUAAUAAUUAACCCUCAUUGGUUGAAAAUAAAUGUGUGUCGGAGCCAUGGAAUGGCUGGCUGGAUGAUAACAGGGAUCUGGCUUAUUUUGUGCUCUGAACAGCUCUGCCUGUGGCCGAAGACUGCUCCAGCGCCUCAGCCUCUGAGUCCUCACUGUCUGAAGUCAGAAUCAGCACAGACCAGCCCACUGCAAAUCAACCCACUGUAGAGCAACCGUCUGUAGCCCUUAGAAGUAGUAAACAACCUGAGGUCCAGGCCUCCCAGCACUCCUCCAGCUUCCCAGCUGUCUUAGACUGUGGCCACAUCCACCUGCAGCACUACCCUCACCCCCAGAACCUACCUCAGUCUCUGCCCCUGCACUGCCCCCAUCUCAGCCCUCGUCCUACGUCCAGUCUCGUCUCCACUCCCCUCGCCAGCCCGAGGCCCCUCCACAGCCCCAGGCCUUUGUGUUCUCCUCAGUCUCCACCCUGGUCCCCCAGCCCCCUCGGGUCAUAUGGGCAGCUGCCCGCCCUGGUCCCACCACAGUCUCAGCCCCACCGGUCUCCCAGGUCCUGAGGCAGGUCCAGUCCUUUACCUCCACCUCUUCCUCCUCCACGGCUGCAGCCUUGUCCUCCAUGCCCGAGGACAUCCACGUCUACAGUCAGAAGCUCUCCAGGCCCACUUCUGCAGGUCAGGGUAAAGAGAACACCCUUGAUAGAUGUCUGGUGUGUUCUCAGCUCCCAGUCUUUCUAUGCCCUAAGACAUUAAUUAAUAACAUGUUUCGCUCUCUGCUUCAGCAAUCAGAAGGACUGCCUCCUGCUGGCCCAGACCAGAUCCAACUGGGGUCUUUAAGGAUCUGGACUCCCUGUCUGCUCAGACCCAGUCCAACCAGCAAGCCAUUGUCUUAGUCCUGCAGAAACUGGCUGAAAAGCAGGCUGCCCACCAGUACACCAGCUCCAGCUACAUCAGUCUCCUAACACAAUAUGUGAGUCUCCUGUCACCCUACCCAACCCCUCUUACUUGCUCAACAACUAGAUAGUGUUCAUAUCAGGAUACAAAACUACUACAAAUCUAUCAUACACUGUAAAGUGAUUUGUGUUAUUCUCUAGAUGAGUAAAGGGAAUCCACACAUCCUGCACAGUGGUCUUACUGCAAGGGUUUUAAUAUUCCACCGGGUUGUUGGUGUGUAAACCUCUCUGUGACCCCAUUGUGAGUGACAGCUCAGAGCUCAGUAUUGCUUACUCAUCCAGCAGGCAGAGCAGAGUGGUGGGGUGGUGAGCUGAUCUGAGGCUCCGUGUGAGGUCUCAUUAUCAGAUGCACCAAAGGGGUCACUGUUGAUAUUUAACAGGUAGUCACUUUUUCUGUGGUUAUUGAUGCUUAUAAAUAAAAUAAUGUGGAAAUUAGAACUGAGUGGGGGAGCGAUGGAUCUGUUUGCUCCACCACCACUUUUUUUCAACUUUUCCCUGAAGGUUUUUUGUUCACAGUGGGUAAGCCCACCAGCCUCCCUCCCUCCCUCUCUCUCCCUCCCUGGGAGUUUCUUGUGAUGGCACCAGACCACACAGAAUGCAGUUGUAUAUCUUCCUCUUCUCUGUACAGUAUUCUAUUUCUCUGAAAGGUGUUCCCUGUAAUUCCCAUGGAAAGUUAAUCCUGGUCAUGACAGAGGGUUAUUUUGCAGAGCAAAAUAGUUUAAUGGUUUGCACUUAAAGGGUCUGAAUAUACUUGGCCUUUCCCUUGACUCAGAUUAGAAGUCAUUAAAUCACUUAUUUAACUCAAUAGAGUGUUUUGUAUGGAGAAGCAACACCCUGUUGCACGGUUGACCUCUGAAGAUUCAGCAAUUACUCUUUUUCACAUGCCAGGCCUCAUCUUUUGGGAAUAACCGUAACUACCUCUUACAAUGUAAUUGUUUCCAAUGGGGUGAAUUUAAGUAUUGUUAUCAUGUGUAAUCUAAUCUAAUCUAAUCUUUGGCCGUAAAAUAUGUGCUUGAUUGUGAGUCCUCCCUCUAACUAACUUGCGUCUUGAGGGCGUGCAACAUGAUUACACUUUAAUAACGUUUUUUUAGACAGGCCCAUGUACACCCCAACAUGAUUCAACAUGAUAUAGUAUUUAAGUAAUUACAUUUUGGUUUGGAGAAGGGUGUUCUUUGACCCAUUGUGUUGAAACGUGAUAGCAUUAAUGUCACUAUGUCUCUUAUGUUUCGGGUAUAUCAAACAGGGCAUUAUUUGCACCCAAAACUGUGAAUUGUAAAUUAAAGUCAUUUCCUCCCUCCCUCAGUCCCACCCAGGAGAGCAGAAGCAGACACACAUCAAGUGUAAUGCUAGCAAUGUACAUAUUAAGGUAGCCUGGAGUUGUCCACUAAGAUGAGAAACACCUUAGUCCUGAUGAACAACAUGGGUGUGCCUUUUGAGCAGUUAUUCACGGUUGAUUAGGUAAUGUUGGAAUUUCAGAUUUCAUGGAUUCAAAUUUAUAUUAAAAUGUGUUAUGGAUUUACUGAAAAUAAAUGCCUAAUUGGCAUACCAUUUGAGAUCUGUUGACAGUGUAUUGUGGAUUACCUGCAAAUCCUUUAGGAUUGAAAAUAAACUAUAUCGGGCCCUGAAAAGCAGCCCGACCUGGCUGUGUUCUGUCAGCUCCUGCAUUAAUUUAAACACCUGUCAUUUAGGAAUGUUUGAGUUUUCCCUUUCCCUGGAAUGAAGACUAGCCAAACAAUUAGUUCACCUACCCAGAACUCGGAUUAAAAACCAGAGAAAAUAAACAACCCUGUCAUUUCUAAAAAGAAGGUGGACAAAAGUACUUUUUUUCCACUUUGCAGAAUCACAAUCACGCAUGAGAAAAUCUAUUUUUUCCUCCAAAUAAAAUGUCAACUAUCACCAUUAACUGAACUCAUCAGGAAACAGAUUAAUAAUUUGUCAUUUGUUCUCCAGUCUCUUUUUCCCCUAGUCCAGUGCUUUUCAUGAGCCCCUCUGUGUGGUUCUGCACAGUAGGCUGGAGGGCAGGAAACAGAGGAGGGCAAUAGAAAUCUGUGUAAGUAUUCAUUUCCACCAAAUUCCAGGCCUGUCUGAUAAUGGCUCCCAGGGCAGUAUAGAUAGUACCGUAUGUUGGGAGAGUGCAGCAGAUGAUGCUGUAGCAUGCUGUAAUGUAAUGGGGAGGGAUACUGUAGCACCUAACUGCUAAUUGUGCUGUUAUUGUUGUAAACAGAUUUGACUGGUGAGUAAUGACCAGUGUCCCUCUCAGGAGGGUGGGGGGCAAAGGGGAGGGGGGACCACCUGGAUGCAGAGCGUAUUGGAGACCGGAGACUAGCUCCCUGAUGCACUAUGUACAUUUCACACAGCUGGGGUGGGAGAAAUGAGACUGGUGCUGUUGCUGCUGCUGCAUCACAGAGGGAAGUCGCCAGUGGGUAUGAGUCAAGUAAGAACAAAUAGAGAGUCCUGGUGUCUGCAGUACCAUAGUGGGAAGACAAGUAACUUAAACUGAUUAUAUUACCUGUAUCUGCUUGCGUACUGAAUAAGACCAUGUAUUGACAGUUCAGGUUUAACCAUUUUUCUCUGGAGAGAUUCCUGGCAGACAUGUUUUACCACAAAUGUUCAGAAUGUAGGCGUUAUUGUGCCAAUGAUGAAUACAGUUUCUGAUGCAUUGUCACUGUGUGUUCUCUUGUCCCUGCAGUUGACCAAUCUGAACCUGACUAACAGGGUGCUGAGAAGAGGGGCCAUCACCCUGACCCCCGCGGUGUGA